AUGCCAAACCUCCAAAUAUUUCAUGCAACACUAACACCAACCGAUCGUUACACUUUAAAUGACACUAAUAUUAGCAAGUUGGUGUGUUAUCAUCCAGAUAUGGCACCAUUAUUUGCAGGCAGUAUUCCAUCAACCACCAAAACCAUUAAAAUCAGAGAUUUCUACUUUACGAUCGAUGAAACAAUCAAUGGGUUGGAAGUCGAAACACUAAUCAUUCAACGUCCAAACCAAAUCACUGAUGAAAAGAUCAACGCAUUCGCAAGACAUGGGUAUCAAUAUCGUGGAGCAAUAUUUAAACAAUUACCAGACACACGAUCAUCAACUAGACAAUAUACAUUUACAAAAUCAAAAACUGGGGAUCCACAAAUAACAAUUGAAUUACCAAAAAUAGAGUUGGCUUGA